UGAAAAUGCUCGUGCCAGGAGAUAGAUGUUCUGUAUUUAUUUUCAUUAAAAUGCUUGUUAAGCAACGUUCUUCACUUCAUUGUAUAUGCUCGACAAAAAAGGACACAUCGUGACGUCGAUAUAAAGUCAAAAAUGUCGUCAGCUAAUUAUAGAAUGGUUAGCAUGGCUUUGCCUACUGGAGGCAGUGGUGCAGCUCCUCAGCAGCAUGGAAAGCGGCAUGAGGCUUCGCCUAGCAGCCCGACGGGCGCUCUAUCACCGUCUCGGUCAAGGGGAAGUACUGCACCUUCGCUUCGCUCUGGGCACUUCAUGAAGCCGCUGCACGUGCACGGACAGGGCGUUGCAUCGAACGUCCUCAGUGUCACCGGGCACCAGCCAGCGCCAUCAUCAUCAAUACCGCAAGCUGUCGUUAUUUACGGUCAGCCGGUAUCUCCAUUUAAGCCGACGACCUUUUCGCCGGUCGAACAUACAAGGUCCCGCACCUCCAGCGGCGGCCCAGCCAUCGCCGUCACGCCCAACAAGGCGCCCCUGACCACCCCUCGGCUCACCCAGCAGCAGCAGCAGCCCGCGCAUCAGUCCAGCCCCGCCACCCUCCCAUCUGGGUUACCUCCGGGACUGUCUCCCCGCUUAAGCACCCCUGGAGCACCCCCUGAUGAUGAGCUAGCCAUCCUCAAGGAGCAAAUCCUCAAACUGCAACGAGCCCUCGAGAGCCUCAGCAGCAGCAGCGGCAGCGGCAGCAACACCAGCAGCCCUAGUACCGGUACUCCCGCCGGCUUGGGCGUCGCUGCUAUUGCCGUGCCCGCCUUGCAUGCGGCUUUCUGGUCGGCUGGGGGGGCUGGCGGCAGUAGCAGCAGCAGCAGUACGAGCAGCGUCGGCUCUACUGCUAGCAGCGGCAGCUGGGCCUCUGCGACCAGUCGUACCAGCGGCAGUAGCAGUACGGCCAGUACGAGCAGCGUUGCAAGCGCGUACAGCAGCGCUGGCAGCUGUAGCGGCGGCGCCGGCUGGUCGAGCCGCAUUGGGACGGCGGACGGCUCGGGGACCGCGGGUUCCAACGGCAGUAGCAACGGCAACUGCAGCAGUUUGCUAGCUACGUGGACAGCUGCUACAGCCGCGCAUUCCGUUGGUGGAGUGGAGGCGCUGUUGCAGCAGGCCUGCGCACCGCUAACGGCAGUGACCGCAGCCACAGCAGCCACAGCAGGGUCGGCAUCAUCGGGAGGUGGGGGUGUUGGCGGUCCCCACGCGGAGGCGGCGUUGACAGCGGCCCGCGCAAAGCUGCUGGAUCUCUUCGUACGUAAAGCGCAUCAGCUGUUGCUUGAGUCAGCGCCGGAGCUGCUACUGCCGGCGCAUUUGCUAGCGGGCAGCAGUAGCAGCGCCGACGCCGCCGCAGGCGAGAUGGCUGCAUCAUCGUCAGCGGGCAGCGGCAGCGGCAGCGCAGGCAGCAGCACUCGACCCACGGCGGACGGCUCCUCACCCGCUGCUGCUGCUGCUGCUACCACGGCUCCUGCUGCUGCCGCACGGAGUAACAGUACGCUCAGUGCCUUCAGACGAAGCGGUACCGGCUCCCUAGAAGCCCUAGCGUUGCAGCCAGGUCAGGCCGGUGGUCAGCCUCAGCAGCAGCAGCAGCAGCAGUCAGGGCAGCUGGCGGCCGCACAGGCGGCUGAUUUGUCGCCCGCGGGCGUGUUGGUGGCGGCAAGUCGGCGGCUGGGGCAGCUGCAGGCGGCGCUAGCGGGCAGGGAUGUCCGUGCGGCGGCGGCGGAGCAGCAGCUGGCGGACACACGGACGCGACUGGAUGCGGCACUGGCGGAUAACACGCUGCUUCGCAACAUGAUUUCGGAGCUGCAAUCCAACGCAGCUCGGCCGCAGUCCAGGAGCGCCUCUCGCGCGGAGUUCCUGCCACCCCCGCCGCCACCCGCAGCCCCCGUCUCCCCCCAGCCCGACCCCGCUCUCCUGCGCCAAGUGGCCACCCUGACGGCCGAGCUGGCGGCGGCUCGCAGCCGGACGGAGGCGGUGCAGCGGCGGGCGGAGGCUGCGGAGGCGGCGGCGGCGGAGCUGCGGAGGCGACUGGAGGACGCCAUCGCCGCCGCCCGGCGUCCCCCCACCUCAUCCCACGGCUGUCAAACAUCCCUACCCGACCCAGCGGCGGCGGAGCUGGCGUCGCUUCGAGCGGCGGCGGCGGCCGCCAGCAAGGAAGCCGCAACACUGCGCGAUCGUACGACACAGCUGGAGGCGGCGGAGGCGGCGGCCCUUCAGGCGCAGCGGGAUCUCCAGGACCGGCUGGCGGCGGCGGAGGCAGCUGCCGCAGCGGCGGCGGCGGAGCAGCAGCGGCUUGCGGCACAGCUGGCGGAGCGAGAUCGCGGCGGCGCCGCGGCGGAGGCGGAGGCGGAGGAUGUACGACAACAACUUGACGUACAGCGGCGACUGGUUUUGGAGCUCCAGGCGCAGCUAGGCACCUCGACGGCGGCGGCAGCGGAGCUGGCGGCGAGUUUGGACGCGGCGAGAUCCAGGAUCUUGGAUCUCGAGGCUCGGCUCGCGGCCGCCGCUGCAGCGGCGGAGGCGGCGGCCGCCACCGCCGCUGCCGAGGCACUUGAGCUGCGGAGCAAGGCGGAAGCAGCGGCAGCGGCGGAGGCGGAGGCGCUGCGGGAGGCGGAGGAGGCAUGUACGGCAAGGGGCCGGGCGGAGGCGGAGGCGGAGGCCGUACGACGGCGACUGGCGGAGGCGGAGGCGGCGCUGGCGGCGGCGCGACGUGAGACGGCGGCGGCGAUUGAGGGCGGCGACCGGAAGCGAGCAGAGCUGUCUGCAAGGAUCUCCUCCCUGGAUCUGGAUCUCAAGCGCCUGUCGGAGGAGCUCCGGGCAGCGCGGGCGGAGGCGGACGCAGCGCGGCAGCAGGCAGCGCAACGCGACCAGGACGCCGCGGCGGCGCUAGCGGAGAAGAACGAGGCCACCGCCCGCUUCAAUGCCAGCCAGCUGGCCCUAGAGGCAGAGCGGCAGCGCCUGGCGGACGAGAUCGCCGCCACUCAACGGCUCCGAAACCAACUGCUUGAGGACGCACACACCGUCAAAGCGCUAGGCACGUUGGUGCAGGCCAAGACGCUUCGGCUGGAUAUCGGCGGGGGCGCGCUGGCGGCGGCGGGCGGCAUGGGAGGCGGCAUGGGGGGCAUGAUGGGCGGCAUGGGAGGCGGCGGGGUGGUGGGGGUGGUGGGAGGCGGCGGAGGCGGCUUGCGGCCCAUGACUGCGGAUGCUGCGGCGCACAUGCGGCUUGCUAGCCUGGUGAAGCAGCAGCAGGACAGGCUGGCGGAGCUGUCGGAGCAGCUGGCGGCGCGGGAGGAGCGAUGCGGCCGGCUGCAGGUGUCUCUGACGGCUGCUCAGGAGGCAGCAGCGCAGCGGGAGGCGGCCGCAACUCAGGCGGCCGCUGCAGCGGCUGAGCGGGAGGCGCAACUGCAGGAGCAGCUGCGAGAUCUGCAGGCUGCCCUGGAGUCCCAGCAGGCUGCCGCCGCCAAGCUGCAGCAGCAGUACGACGACCUGAGCCGGCACGGCGAGUCCCUCCGCGCUCACAACUCGGAGCUGCACAAGAUGGCGGAGCGGCUGCAGAGGGAGGGAGGCGCGGCGGCGGCGGAGGUGCGGGCGCUGCGGAGCCAGAUGGAGGAGGCGGCGCAGCAGCUGUCCGCCGAGCGCACCCACCGGGAGCGACUGCUGGGUCAGUUGGUGGAGCUCACGGAGGCGCGCGACACGGCGACCAGCGACGCCGCCACCCUGGGAGCGCAGCACCGAGCGGACUGCGGCAGGCUGGAGGAGCUGCAGGCUGCCCUGCUGCUGGCUACUCAGAAGCUGGCGGGCGCCGAGCGCACCAUCACCGCCCAGGAUGAGCGAAUCGCGCUGCUGCAGUCACGACUGCGCGCCGCGGAGGAGCGGUUGAUGGCGCUGGGGGUGCCGCUGCCGCUGCCGCUGGUGGCGCCCGAAGACGCGGCGAGCGGCAUCAUGUGGGGUUCGACAGGGGGAGAUGAGGCGGCGGCGGCGGCUCCGCCGCCGCGGGCGCCGUCACCGCGGCCUGGGCCUGGGUCGGGAUUGCUAACCGCCGGCGGCGGUAUUACUGGAGAACACAGCAAGGGAGCCGGAGGGGCGGGCGCAGCAGCCGGGAUGGCUACGGGUGCGGUGGACAGGGGCGGUUUGCAGCCACCGGUGGGGAGUCUGAGUCUGGCGCCGGAGGCACUUGCGGCUCAGCAGCGGCUGUCUCAGCUGCUGUCUGGUAACGGGCAGGUGCUGGGGAGCAUGGUGCAGGACAUGAUUAGCAAGGUGAUGACGGAGGCAGCGGCAGGCGGCGGCGGUGGCGGUAGGGCGGCGCGCAACGCCGCCGUCGGAGGCGGAGGAGGAGGAGGGCGGUCUACUUCUGCCAGCCUACAAUCCAUGGCGCAAACGCAGCAGCAGCCGGGUUACGGCAGAGCCACAACGGCGCUGCCCCAACACCACCCGACGUCAACAACAACAACAGCACAUGCGUUACUGCGGCCCAGCUCGGCGUCUGUCGUGGGUCGAGUGCUGGAGCACUCCUCCGCCGGCUUGCCGGGGUUUGCUCGCAGUACCGGCACCGCUACAGCAUCAUCAUCAGCGACGCAACAGCAGCAACAACAACAACAACAAACCGCAGGAAGCGGUGGCAGUACCAGCACAAGCAGCCACUGGUCAAGCGGUUUCGCCGCCGGCAGUGGUGGCAGCAGCGGCGGCGGCGGCGGCAACAACGGUGUACGACCGCAGUCCGCUUGGGCGCAUAGGGGAGGCUUCGGAGCGGGUUCCGCCCUAGCCGGCGGCGUUGGCGGAGGAGGCCUUGGCGGCGGCGGAAGCGGCAUUGGCGGAGCCCUCGCGAUGGCAAGUAGCGGCAGCGGCGUGGGUUGGGCGAUAGGCAGCAGCCCGGCAGCCAUGCGACGGUCGAGCUCAGUCAGUAGCAACGCUGCCCAGGUUGCGACAGGGCCGGUAACAACAACAGCUGCUGCUAAUGGUACUGCUGGCGGUGCUGCUAGCGGUGCUGCUGCUUCUGCUGGUAUUGGUGGUGGAGGCGGCGGUGUGUUGGGGUUCAUGGCAGAGGCGGAGGCGCUAGCUAACGCCGCCGUUGCCGCGGCGGCGGCAAGCGCUACUGCCGGUUCUGCCGCCGCCAGCGGCGCGAGCCCUUUCGCCGGCUACGGUGCGAUGAGCAGCUUCAUCAACUCCUCCUCAUCGUCGUCUUCGCCGUACAAGCUGACGUCGUCGUCGGCCGCUACAACAAACGGUCGCGGCAGCAUCACGGGGGGCGGCAUCGGCUUUAGUAUUGCGAGCAGUGAUAAGGCAUCCGCCUCUGCCGCCGCCGGUGGGCGUGGUGGCGCAGCAAGCGGGGCCGGCGGCGGGCCCGGGGCCACGCCAGGACUAAUUGGCGGAUCCGGUUCGGUCGCCGCGCGCCCAGGUACGGCGCUUUCCAAGAAGACGGUGUUGCUGCUGUCUAUGAGCUCACCAGCGGGGCAGAUUGACGAGGCUCUGAGUGUGGAUGACGACUGGCAACCUGUUUGACGAAAAGGCGAAUGGUGUGUUGCUCGAGAAAACUGGCUGUUGAUAUGUGUUUACAGCGUUGUUUACGGCUGUUGAUAUGUGUGCUUACGCGCACACAUCAUGUACGGGGUGGGGUAUGGUCGUACGGAACGGCAGGAUUGCAUCAUGGAUGUGCACUUUUUGAAGUGGCAGGAGUUUGGUCUGCAAAAGCAGGAAUACGCGGUAUGCGACGACCUGGUUCGGUUGUAAGGGUUUGGUGUGAGGCCGUGUGCCUGAGGUGUUGGGGUUCCCGCCGGUGUGGUGGUGUUGUAGGUAGUCGGUUGGUUACUCAUGGUUAGUUAGUUAGUGAGUUAGCUGCAGGUGGAGUUGAGCAUCAGCAGCAUGCUUCACAGCCGCAGGUGCUGGGCUCUGCGAUGAGGGCUUUUGUUAGGGUGAGGGGUUGUGUUGAACUCCGGGACCCUUGUGCUUUGGUGGGCUUCGUUGUGAACGUAUUUAUCUGCUGGUGCUAGCAGCGUAUGUGCGUGUUGACUUCAAAAACAAUGAGCGAGCUCUAAUUUGGUUGAACUGAUGUUGAUGUUAAUUAAUGAUGGGAAGCUGCGCUGAACACCUGACGCACGGGUCGCACAGAGGGUGCCUCCUGGCAUAUUCGAUUCCGGUGCUGCUGUCUGCACGGUUGCUGGUGGCAGCAGGAUGUUGGAGGGUGGGGCUGAAAGGGAUGAAAAGGGCUUGGAUUGCUUGGACGUCACUGCGUGGACGUCAGGUGCGUGCAGGUGUGUGCUGACCGUGGUCUUGCAAUGCAGCGAUGUUUGAGGGUUAUAUCUUAUAUGUGCAGGUGACAUGACAGCAGGUGUACGGUAUUGGUUGAUGAGCUUAUGAAUGGUAGGUUGCUCAUUGCUGGUAUGGGCAAAACCCGCAUGUGUAGGAAGGGUGGCGCAAGCUGCACACGACUCUUCUUGUGUACGACGUUGUGUAACACAACAAGUUAUUUUCCUAUCGUCUUGACAGCGCGCAGAUGUGGGGUAGAACACACGGUGUGUGUUAAUACCUGUCGCAAUCUAAAACUUAGAAGUAGACAGGAGUACGAUGACAGAGAUACGGGUUGAAUGCGUCUGCGUGUGCGAGCAAGGCAUCGGUGCGUGCGUGCGUGCAUGCGUGCGUGAGGAUUGCAUGCGAUGCAUGCAAUGGUAGCACUGUUACAAUUACUUUGGCAACUGUACAAUGAUAUUGGAUCUCGGACUGCUGGGAUCAAGCUUGAUCGUCCCAAGGGCUGGAACUGCUGCUCCACGCUCUACUGUGCGUUCUGUGAUCGUUUUUGAUUGACACAUGGCGACUGCCUCGCCCGUAAAACUGUGUUGGAUGCGUGUGUUGAGACCCAUGCGAGACUACAUAUCGGUAGUAGUAUGCAACGUACAAUGCAGGUGUGACGCACAGGUGUGAGGUAUGGUGUUGGUAAUAACGGGCCUGUCGGUGCAAACGGUAUGGUGUGUGGAUAGGUGUGACGCCGCAGGAAUUUCACAACGGACCGUUCGAACUGUGUCGCUUGAUUGUACUGUAAAUCUGUGAUGGAGGAUCCAUGCUGUAAAUCGCGCAGCUGACGGCGAGGCCCUGACCUUGUGGAUGGACAGGCCCGUACCUCUUUUCAGCACAGAAGCACUUCCCUAAUCGUGCUGUUGGCCAUGGGUAGGCCUGCCCUUUGUGGUGCAUCCGCGCCUGUCUUCGCUACAUGCAUGCCGAGUGGGUUUCACCCGGCUGAAGGCGAUACCGGUGUAGCUGCCGUCUUGACGAGGGGUGGUGAAGGCCUUGCAUGCUGUCCGGGUCAUAGGGCGGCUGUCAUUGUUGCAGCGGAGUGUGCAGGCUACCAGUACGAGCUGCGGAGCUCUGGGUGCAGGUUUUUGCACCGGGGGGGUGCCGGCGGUAUGAACACUGCAAGGUUGGGUGCGUAGCUUGGGUGCGUGCGCUUGAUGAACUGAAAGAGGGCGGGCAAUGUAGCGCAUGUGAGGCGCAUGCAUGCAUGCAUGCAUUUGAGGGCAUGUCGUUUGGUAUGCUCGCUGCGUGCAGGCAUUGUAUUGAGAUCAUGACACGAGGUGGACGUGCGUGGACGUGUGGGUAGUGCUGCGACUGGCAUUCCCCCUAAGAGGGUGUGUGUGGUGGGCUGGUGCCAGAACCUCUCCCUGUCUUCGUCUCCAUCUAGCGGAGUGGCAAGCGCCGAGGACAGCCUUGGGUGUGUAGUUGAGCGGAAACAAGAGCAAGCAGUUGGGAUAGGUUCGCAUGUGAACCGCAAGUACAAGCAAAAC